AACAGGAAUAUAAAUAUUCUCCCUUAUCAUUCUGUCUCAACAAAUGUUUCUCUCUCAAGAAAACAACUCAUAGCUAUGUCCCAUUGACGAUCAGGCGAGGAUCAGAAAAGGAGGGAGUGAGAGGAAAGCAAAGCGAAAGGAGUAGGCUAGUAUAGAGCAACCAACGAGACAAAAGAGACUGCAUUGAAUGUGGUGGUUUCCGUCUCGGAAGCCACAUAAUAUAGCCACAUUUUCUCUUUAUUCUAGACGGUGAGAAUACACCGGGGAGGGGACCAUUUACUUGAAGAGAAGGUGAAAUUCUACUCUUUCGAAGUGCGUAGUCACGAGGACUCUAAACAUCUAGUCGUGGACUGGGUGCAUCUUUACUACAUCGAGUGUUCUUUUUCUGUGGGUUGGAGAUCGACCAGAACAAAGGGAGUCUUGAGCAAGGAGUGAGUGAGCCGAGCCCCAUUAGUCAUUACCGCCUCUGAAACCAGGCCAAAUGCGUCUCUGAAAGCGACAAUAUACAGUUUUCUCAAUUUCUGUCCGAAUAUUUUUGCCAAUAAGAGGAAGAAGAUUAAAAAAACAUCAAUCGGCGCCCAAAAUGUUUCCUCAAAAUCGACCCCCGGCACCUCUCCAGCCACCCCCUGGGUCCUCGGCGUCGGCAGCUGCAGCUUCGGGAACCCCCCAGGCCCUGAAGCUCACAUACCCAGAGACCCUGGACCGCAUCAAGGAGGAGUUCCAGUUCCUCCAGACCCAGUACCACAGCCUGAAGAUGGAGUGUGAGAAACUGGCCACAGAGAAGACUGAGAUCCAGAGACACUACGUCAUGUAUUACGAGAUGUCCUACGGCCUUAAUAUUGAAAUGCACAAACAGACAGAGAUCGCCAAGCGGCUGAACGUGAUCUGUGCCCAGCUCAUCCCUUUCCUGUCACAGGAGCACCAACAACAGGUGGUCCAGGCCAUGGAGCGCGCCAAGCAGGUGACUAUGGGGGAGUUAAAUGCGUCUAUAGGGCAACAGCUGCAGGCGCAGCACCUCUCUCAGCACGUGGCCCAGGGCCUGCAGGGUCUGCAGGGCCUGCAAAUGGGGCCCCACCCUGGGGGCCUCCCUCACCCUGGCCUGGCGCUGGGCGGUGGGUCUGGCCUGUUGGCCCUGUCCGGGGCCCUGGGGGCCCAGCUGGCUGCCAAAGAGGGCCAUGAGAGGGCCCACAUGGAGGCUGCUGCUGCUGCAGCCGCRGCAGAGCACCACAGAGGCUGGCUGCGGGGACGCGGGGCGAUGCUGUCCAUCAUGGACGUAGACCGCGAGGCUGGACCGAGCUCUAUGUCCAACGGGGAUAAGGGCCGUUCAGCAGACUACCUCAGCAAUGGGAAGAAGAGGAAAGCUGACGAGAAGGAGUUCAUGACAGAUUAUGGCAGCGAUGCGGAUAAGAGUGAUGAUAAUUUGGUGGUGGAUGAGGACCCCUCAUCCCCCCGCAGUGUGCACUCCUACUCGUCCAGAGAAAACGGCCUGGACAAACUGCCCCCCUCCCGUAAAGACGCCCUUCCCCAGGCCAGCCCCGCGUCCCUGGCCUCCUCCAGCAGCCAAGCCUCCCCCUCCCGCAGCAAGGACCGGGAGCCGCCGAGGGAGAAGUCCAGUACCCCAGGUAUGAAGCCAGGCACCCCCCACAGUUCCCAGGACUCCUCCACCCCUGGCCCCAGUGCCCCCCCACAGUUCCGCUCCCUCCCUGGCAAACCUGGCGUUGACCCUCUGGCUCUAGGUCUGAGGAACCCUCUGGCAGUGCAGGGGGCGUACCCCCCCGGGGCAUUUGGCCUGCCCCCUCCAGGGGUGAAUGGGGAACUGGCGGGGGCAGCAGCAGCCUACGGGGCUGGGCUCCACCUGGUCUCCCCCCAGAUGAAUGGCUCUGCAGCCGCAGCAGCAGCUGGAUACGGACGAUCAGCAGUGGUGGGUUAUGAGUCUCCUCACCCCCACAUGAGGGUCCCAGGGUUACCCGCCAGCCUGCAGUCUGCUGCCUCAGGAAAGCCUGCUUACUCUUUCCAUGUCAGUGCGGAUGGACAGAUGCAGCCGGUGCCUUUCCCUCCGGAUGCCCUGCUGGGCCCYGGCAUCCCGCGGCAUGCCCGUCAGAUCCACACUCUGAACCACGGAGAGGUGGUGUGUGCCGUCACCAUCAGCACCUCCACACGUCACGUCUACACCGGCGGCAAGGGCUGUGUCAAGGUGUGGGACAUCAGCCAGCCUGGCAGCAAAAGUCCCAUGGCCCAGCUUGACUGUCUGAAUAGGGAUAACUACAUCCGUUCCUGCACUCUCCCUGAUGGGCGGACCCUCAUUGUUGGAGGCGAGGCCAGCACGUUGUCAAUCUGGGACUUGGCCACUACUCCCCGCAUCAAGGCGGAGUUGACGUCUUCUGCCCCGGCCUGCUACGCUCUGGCCAUCUCCCCCGACAACAAGGUCUGCUUCUCCUGCUGCAGUGACGGCAACAUCGUAGUCUGGGACCUGCACAACCAGACCCUGGUCAGGCAGUUCCAGGGUCACACUGACGGGGCCAGCUGUAUUGACAUCUCCAACGAUGGGACCAAACUGUGGACGGGGGGGCUGGACAACACAGUACGGUGCUGGGACCUGAGAGAGGGACGGCAGCUGCAGCAGCAUGACUUCACCUCACAGAUCUUCUCUCUGGGCUACUGUCCUACAGGAGAGUGGCUGGCAGUGGGCAUGGAGAGCAGUAAUGUAGAAGUGCUGCACGUCUCCAAACCAGACAAGUACCAGCUGCACCUCCACGAGAGCUGUGUGCUCUCACUCAAGUUCGCCUACUGUGGUAAAUGGUUUGUGAGCACAGGCAAAGAUAACCUCCUGAACGCAUGGCGGACACCCUAUGGAUCAAGCAUAUUCCAGUCAAAGGAGUCGUCUUCGGUGCUCAGCUGUGACAUCUCCCCCGAUGACCAGUUCAUUGUGACGGGCUCAGGUGACAAGAAGGCCACUGUGUACGAAGUUAUCUACUGAGGAAGGAGCGCUCCGAUUGGAUAAAGUGGGGGCUAGGCUCCCCUGGUGCACCAAGGACUGUAAAGAGAGUGGCGGGUGUCGUGGAGACCAGAGACACACGUUGUACUUUGUUGUUUUGUUUACGUUUGUAAAGGAUUCAGAUGAGGGCGAAGUCGGAUCUCUGGAACUUUGACCUUUAAAAAAAAAAUGCUCMGAGAAAAAGCUGGUAGWCUA